AUGUCAAAGUUCGAUGAGAAGUUUAGAGGGUCUUUUGACGUUUCAAAAAAUAACCAGGAAAGCGUUGCAAGUCAGUCAAGAAAUCUAAAGCGCAGUCAAGAUGAACUAAGCCUCUCUAGCUCUAGCGGUAGUGAAGUGCUGCAGCAAUCCCAAACGCAGGACAUAGCGAAAAAACCCAAACAAAUGCAAGAAUCUUGUGGUGAAAUAUGUGUUGGUUCUGAAGAGAAAAGUCCACCAGUGGUGGCAAAGUGCCACCAAAACAAUCCAGGUUUCAAAGGUCCUGAAAUGAAAGGACCAAAUCUACAAGCAGAAGGCGCUAGACUUGAAACUGUUCUUCGAGACAUCGGACAGGAAACGAAGAUGCUUUUCUUAAAGUGGAGCCAUCCAUUUUCGGAAAGCGAAGCAUUUGAAGCAUUUUGCCCAUCGAGAUUAGACGAACUUCUCAGUGAAGCAAAUCAGCUGGAAUUGCACUUGAAGAAGCAAAAAGAACAACUGAAAAACAGACUCAGUGACCUCUCGAAAACUCUUAAAUUGCAAAUGAAAUGAUAAGUUGUUCUCCGUCAAUUUGUCAGUAUUGCCUUGUAUCUGUUGUUCAAAUAUCUUUUAAGAAGGAACGUUCUUAGUAUCAA